UGGUGAUAUAUUUGAUAAAACGAAUUUAUUAACCUAACUGUACAUCAACGUUCCAUCACCAAGUAUUUUAAACUUUCUUCAGAGUCACACAGUUUAAUAUUUGAAGCUGCUAAUUAAGCAAAACACUUUUAAAUGGUCUAGAUACAUUUUAUACAUUCUUGAAGUGUCCGGCUUGCUAAAUUUGUAAAAAUAUUUCAGCAAGCAGCCAAAUCUGUCUGUCGUAGCUGAGUUUCAGCACCAGGAGCUGACCAGUGCUGAAUCUGCCAGUUUGUACAAAGACGAGAACGUUGAUUGAACGUUGAUUUAGCGCGCUCUGAUGUGUGGGCACAGCUAGCUAACAUGACAGUGGAGCAGUGAAAUUAUGGCGAAGAAAUCUCAGACUUUCGUUGGGAUGACAGAGGAGAAUAAGGAAAAGGUUCAGCUUCAAGAUGGAGUGUACAUCCAAGAAAGGGUGAUACAACAUCCCCCGCAUAUUAGGCUCAGCAGAAGUCAAGAAAGAGGUAGACUCAUGCUCCAGGAAUACAAGUUAAAAAUCCUUCAAAGUAAAAUCAAUGCCGCAAGAGAAGUGAGAAUAAAAGAACCUCAGAAGACUGCUGACAAGCCGUCAUGCUCAGAGGAAGAAGCCUAUCGAUUCUUCUGCCAUAGAUUUGAUGAAUUGGAGAAGAAUGGACCUACCACUGGCACACUUUCACAACAGAGUGGGAUAGAUACUGUCAUCGAUAUUGAGAAUGUGGAUGAGUGUCACAAUCCUCUUGUUCCUGGUGAUAUUGAGACACUCGAUGUAAAUCCAGACCUUUUAUUUGUACCCAGUGAUUUACCAGUAAACCAAAUGAGGAUUAUACCAAGGUAUUUGAAGCCCCGUUUUUUGGAGGAUGAAGGUUUUUAUGUCUGUGAGAGGCCCCAAGUGCCGAGGAAGAUGAUAAACAAAAUGGGCAACCGGCUGAUUGAGGAAGAAAAGGGACAGUCCUGGUUUGGAGAGAAUGGUUGCAUGAUUGCUAUUCCGGACCCAAUCCAGAAGUAUUGGCAUUGUAAAGUAGAUUUCCCAUUCUCAUGCCAGUCUCCUUGUCUGGCCACGGUGCACAUGAGGCCUGAUAAACUGCGAAGUGCAGGAUCUGUUGUCUCUGAUGCAGAGGGCAGUGCAGGGCUGUGGCAGCUUGACCUGAACCUAGCCAGGCUGAAUUUCACCCAUCAUCCCCUGUUUAGCACAGAGCAUGUGUUGGCUCAGAGACUGUAUGAGCUCUAUGGGCAUUAUGAAACCCGAGAGAUGAAGGGUGCAGCUACCUCUCUGCAGGACAAGCUAAGCGGACUGAAGAAGUCGGAAACAGCUUUGACCACCACUGAUGAAACUGCUCCUUGCUCAAAGUUACGGGAUCUGAGACAUGAAAUACGAAAGACCCAUGUAGCACUGAAGAAUGAGAGGCAGGCAGACAUCUCUCUGGUGAGGAACAUUGUCGCUGCUUGGAAGCGAAUCAAAACCCUCAGGGCCAAGAACGGCUAUGUGAACACCACUGUGACAUUACGGCUGCAUAAAGUGAAGGCAAGGAUCACUGACAGCACGACAAACAGAACUGGGACAGAUGAGCACAUGAAAACACAUCUCUACACGGAUGGAGACGUAGCGAUCAAGCAGCACUACCUGUGUAGGGAGCUGAAGGAGCAUAACAAAGAGGAUAUAUACAUCCCUCCAGUUCCAGGACAAGAAGAGGAGAUGUCUACUGAUUCUGUCAAGCAGGAGGCAGAUCAGUUCGAUCUAGUUCCUGUUCUUACUAUGUGUGGGGUGGUCACUCCAACCAGUAGCUGUCCACCUGAUGAGAAGGUUAGAAGAUAUGAACUGGCCAACCACAAAGUAUCAGUGACCAUAUUCUAUAAUGGAAAGCAUGUGUCUACCUCCGAGCCAUCCAUGUUCGACAACAGUGACUUCGGAGUUCAAAUUCAACAGAUGUUCAACAUGCAGAUAGUACACAGCCCAGAGAACAUUAUGCUUGAGAUUUGUGAGACAGUGAAACAAAAGAGCACUGUUGUGGCCAAAAUGUAUGUGCCCAUACCAGACAGGAACAUGCUCUCUAGCAACGCUACAAUGGAGAGGUCAGAGUUCAGCAGUGACAGAGCCACCAAGGCCUACUACGCUGGUGUUGGGAGCAAUGUCCCAUUCAAACUAGAGGAGGAGGAUGCCGAGGUGUGCCUCAUGACCUCUGGGAGGCUGCUGUAUGACGUCUCCUGGGCUGUGGAUGAGAGUGGCGUUCCCAUGGCGCCCACUGCCCCACUACACAGACCCAGCUUCACCAGACCCAUAGCCAGCGGUCCCAAUGCAAGUAGGCUUGAAUGGAUCAGGGACCUUCAGUUUGACCCCAACCACCCUUCUAACACAGAACUCACAGAACUCCUUAGGGAGGCCUGUGAGCAGCGAGACAGAGCCACGGGUCACUUCCGCCUGCAUGCCCUGGAGGAGGAGUUUGACUUCACCACUGAGGAGCAGCUGGAGAAGUCCAGACUGCGGAGCUCUCAUGCUAGACAUUACUGA